UCAAAUAUGGCCGCCCCCCACCCGUGUCAGAAACACGACGGCGAUCAAAUAUCACAAAAGAUCACCAUCGCGGAUCAUUAGGAGCGGAUAGUCUCUCUCCGAGUCACUGGUCCUGGAUGCUAAUAGAAGGUGGAGAGAAACAUGCUGAUGAUGCUGAACUAUAAACGAGCAAGACUUUGACAGAUCCGAAAGCUGGAAAGUGUCCAACAAAGUCCUGUUUCUAGGAAACUUCUCUGCCAGGCUGUUCUAACUCCCAUCCCACAGUCAUGCAGACGGACCCCGUGCUGGUGGAGUCCUUGGUGGUCUUCUCCAUCGUGCUAUGUGUGCACAUGGCCGUGUGGAACCAACUCUCGUGGUGCUGCAUUGCUCUGGCCGUCCAGGCCUUCUACGUCCAGCUCAAAUGGGACCGCCUCCUGCGUACCGGUGCCGCCGUCUUCCAGUUCCGCCCCUCGGCCAACAGUGGCGUGCUGCCCGCCAGCAUGGUCCUCCCCUUGCUGGGGCUGGCACUGAGGGGCCGCUGCGUGGCUGUUGGCAAUGUGUACUUUGAGCGCUUUGCCAUGGUGAUCACCGUGACGGGGAUGAUGCUGGCGCUGUUUCUGUCGCUCAUUGCAUUGGGCAUCACCCGGCCGGUGCCUACCAACACUUGCGUGAUUGCGGGGAUUGCGGGCAGCGCUAUCCUCUAUACGGUUAAGCAGAUGCUGACCGUCUCAGAGGUGAUCGAGGUGCUGGAGGUGCUGCUGAUCUUCGUCUACCUCAGCCUCAUCCUCCUCUACCUCCUGCCACGCUGCUUCACGCCUGGGGAGGCCUUGCUGGUCCUGGGUGGAGUGAGCUUCAUCAUCAACCAGCUGAUCAAACGUUCGCUAGCCAGCGCGGCCAACGCUAACGCCGACCCACUGCAUUUCUUCCUCCCUGUUGCUGUAGUGGGCUGCGUGCUGCUGGGCAUCUUCUUCGCCGUCCUCUUCCUCUUCAUGGAAUCCGAGACGUGGGCGGCCUCCGUCUUUUUCCACCUGAUGACAGCCGUGCUAGGCCUGGGCCUGCUGGUGCCGUGGCUGUCCCUGCUGACCCAGCACCACCCUGUCGCCUGGAUAUUCCACUUCAUCACCCUUAGCGACACCCGCCUCUGGUUGCUGGCAUACUGGAGCUUCCUUGCGUUGGUGGCUGUCGCCGUGGUGCUGCGCCAGAACGGCCGACGGUCCGGGAGCAGCAAGAAGCAGCAGGCGUCCACGGCCGUGAGGAAGUACUUCCACCUGCUGGUGGUGCUGACCUUUGUUCCUGGGCUGGUCUUGGAUCGGCCUCUGCUGCACCUGGCUGCCGUGGUUUGCCUCGCUGCCUUCCUCUUCCUGGAACUGGUGCGCUUCUUCCGUAUCCGGCCACUAGGAGCGCCAAUGCGCCGGUUGCUCACACUUUUCCUGGAUGAAAGGGACUCUGGGCCCCUAAUUCUCACCCAUAUCUACCUGCUGCUGGGCGUCUCCCUGCCUGUGUGGCUCUCUCCGGGACCCUGCACCCCCAAAGGUGGGCUGGGGGGUGCUGGGGGGCUGGUGCCCUACGCCGGCGUGCUGGCUGUGGGCGUCGGUGACACGGUGGCGUCCGUUUUCGGAAGCACGGUGGGCGAGAUCCGUUGGCCGGGGACCAAGAAAACCUUUGAGGGCACUGCGACAUCUGUGUUUGCGCAGGUCAUCGCCGUGGUGAUUUUCCUGAUCGCCGACGGCAGCAUAAACCUAAACGCCAGUUACUCCUGGGUGGUGGGUUCCAUCGCCAUGGUAGCCAUGCUGGAGGCUUACACGUCGCAGAUUGACAACCUGCUGUUGCCGCUGUACCUAUACGUACUGUUGCUGUUAUGAGCAUGCACAUAACACUAUUUAAACACAUGGUUAAAAACUUAGGAACAUUCUACGUAAACAUUCGUACACACAAAAAACACUAUACAAACGCAGUAUGUAUACAUGUUCUGCACACAGCUUUGUAUGUGAAAUAUUCCUGGAAAUCUUGACCAGCUGUAGAUGAUAGAUAAGUUUGUUUAUUUAUGAUGCUGAACAGUGAAUAUCCCCUUAGUUUAGUCCACUUCAGCUCAAUUGCUGGAUAGUAAACUGCAGUAAAUUGGCCUCUAGUAUGAACUUAGUUAUUUAUAAAAAUGCACUGAGUAAAGAAUUUCGGCGCCUCUGUAGCAGGUACAGUUUCGAGCAUGCAAUAAAUAUAAAAUCGUUGUCCUUAAAGAAACUGUACAUACAGUGUUGCAGUUCAGGAAUGUCUAUGUGCCUGUGUUGGUUUACAUUUUUGGGUCAUUCAUGAACUUCAGUGAAAAACAUCAGCUAUAAAUGGACAGGAUAAGGGUCACCAGUGUUUCUUGAAAAUGUUUAUCUAUUCAGAGAGUCUAUAUGAGGACUCUCUAUGUAUGGCAAAAGGUUGAGAAAGUACAAAUGUACCUGCCGGAAAUUAUAUUACAUAGGACAUCUCACACACUGCCCCUCAUUGACAUUACACUCAAAUACCUGCCAGCAUAUAUACAUAUAUAUAUAUAUAUAUAUAUAUAUAUAUAUUUCUACAAUUACAGACUAUAGUCCAUCUGUUUCUCUGCAUAC